AUGUCUAAUCUACCAUAUGCCGCAGAUGCGGAAAGUCCGCUGAAGCCAGCCGAGCUGCAGGUCCUGCGUUCCCAAUACGAGAAAGAAGGCGACUACGUGGGCAUCCAGACCAAGUUCAACUACGCUUGGGGCUUGAUUAAAUCGAACAUUCGAACCGACCAGCAAGAGGGUGUCCGUCUUCUAUCCGAGAUCUUUCGUAGCGCGCCCGAACGCCGCCGUGAAUGCCUUUAUUAUCUUGCAUUAGGAAAUUACAAGCUGGGGAACUAUGGUGAAGCCCGUCGCUACAACGAUUUGCUUCUCGAGAAGGAGCCUGCCAAUCUGCAGGCGGCUAGUCUAGGAUCGCUAAUUGAUGACAAGGUGGCUAAGGAAGGAUUGAUGGGCAUUGCGAUCGUUCGGAGGCUUGGCUGUAGCCGCAGGAGUAGUGGGCAGCCUGAUUCUCAAGGGAGCUAG